AUGGGAUUCUGGGUGACAGUACCACAGAUAGGUACAUCGUUCAUCUAUUCUACCGUUUAUGAGAAAUUCCGCUCUGUUUUGAACCAAGAUUUGGGCAUAAACUCGGUUGCUGGCAUAUCUAGUCUAGCUGGCGGUGCUGCUAGCUUUUGCUCCCAGUCUAUAUUCGUUCCUACUGAUAUUAUUGCACAAUACAUGAUGGUUUAUUACAAAGCUGAUAAGUUUGUCGCUGGUACCGACAGAGCAGUACUCGACUACGUCAGGAAUGAAAAGAAUCCGCGGCUUACUCUUGGUCUGCGGUUCGUCAGAGCUAUUUAUAAAGUUGAUGGAUUGAGGGGAUUUUAUCGCGGUUUUUGUGCUUCCGCCUUAGUUUAUGUUCCAUCAUGUCUUGUCUUCUGGCCUGUUUACUAUUGGGUUCAAGACCUUUUCAAUUGGAUGCGUAAAAGAACAACAGAAAGUCCUGGACUCCUUCUUUUCGACCAAGCUGUUGCUGCUACUCUUGGCGGUGCUGUAUCUACGAUCUGCACCAAUCCUAUGGAAAUGUUCCGCAUCAGGCUUCAGGUACACCGAACUGAUUACAAGGACACAUUGGCGCGAAUGUUAAGAAAUGAGAAGCACCUCAUUUUUACUAAAGGACUCACACCAAGGAUGCUGAGUAAUUCAAUCUAUUGCUGUAUUGUUAUGGUCGGCUAUGAGAUAGUGAAACGCAUUUGUGUACUACCGGAAUAUAGAGAUAAAAUUAAGUGGUAG